AUGAAUGAUGGUGUUAUUAUACUUUGCUUGUAUGUUGAUGAUCUCUUGAUUACGGGCAGCCAUGACAAGAGUGUUUCAAGGUUCAAAAGUGAGCUCAUGAGAGAGUUUGAGAUGACGGACCUUGGUGUCAUGAAUUACUUCCUUGGCAUAGAGUUUCACAAGUCAAAAGUGGGGUUGCUUAUGCACCAAAGGAGGUAUGCUCUAGAUAUUUUGAAAAAGUGUGAUAUGGAGCAUUGUAAUGCUUCUAUUACACCUUGUGAGGCUAGAGUGCAGCUGUCCAAAAGUGAUGAGGAAGAUGAUGUCGAUCCAACGCUUUACCGGAGCUUGAUUGGAUCAUUACGGUAUUUGUGCAAUACGCGACUGGAUUUGGCUUUUAGUGUCAGUAUUGCGAGUAGAUUCAUAGAGAGACCGAAGGUGUCUCACUUGGCCGAGGUCAAGAGGAUCCUUAGAUAUGUGAAAGGUACUCUUGGUUGCGGAGUUCUCUUUCCCGCAUCGGACACGGGGCAUAAGUGCAAUUUACUUGGCUACACCGAUUCUAAUUGGUGCGGAGAUAAAGAUGACCGAUAA